AUGUCUGAUCGCACUCACCCCACCUCUUUCCAAGCAAGACCUCCUUCACCCUCCUCUCCAGCCGCCGAAUCUCAGAAAGAGAAUCUUCGGCUGCCCAUCUUUUCAGACCACAUCCCCCAAACCCCGACAUCUCCUCCGUUGAUGUCGGUUAGCGAUCAAAGUCAUGCCUCCGACUUCACAUCCUCACAUACAUCCUCGAAUCAGGCCACGGCCCAACCUCCGAAUAUCUCCUCCCCCCCAUCCUCGGCACCAAUGUCUACCCAAGCCUCUCAGCAACCAACAAUGAGCACGUCCACUUCGUUUCCCACUCCUGCUAGCAGCGUGAGUGGUCAACCCGUAAAUGCGACAUCGGUGGGGGAUACGGAAAACGGCAGAAAACCCGAGAAUACGGAGACGCAGGGUUCGGCAGAAAAAUCGGGACCAGGUCCCGAUCAACAAUCAUCAGAGCACAUACACACGAAUCAUAAUCGACAGAUCUCACAACCCAACGGCAACAGCGAUCUUGCCACCGAGAAGGGUCGGACCUCGGGAGACCCCGAUGCUAUGGAUGUGGACACAGACCCUACCCGUCGAGUAGACCCCAGCAAUCUCUGCCUGGAGUCUCUUCAGAAAGAGCUCACCGCGGCUUUUCAUCUUUGCAAGAGCUCUCCGAUCGUCACUGGCCCAGAUCCUUCGGUGGAUCUCGUCUCCCUCUAUGGACUAGGUUCGGUCGCGCACUCGGUAGCACGCAUGGAUCCCGUCACGGGAGAAAAAAUCAAUCGGCUCAGGAAAUCAUACGAGGGAAAGUUGAAGGGACUGGGACUAGCUGGACGCAACAAAUCAACCAAGCAGGAAAUCGGUCAACCUGGGAGCUUGCGGUAUUUGACGAUGUGGCCCGAGGAAGAGUGGCAGAACCAGAAGGUGCAUGGCAAACCAAUCAAAGUCUCGGAUAUGGAUUCGGCGCUCCAGGAUCUGCAAGUCAAAGCCAUGCAAAUGGAGCCUGGCCCUGUCCGCAAUAACGAUUUCUGGGAAGAUGUUUUGGGACAUGAGAAGCCCGCCAAACACCCAGCGCCAGGCGAGACAGGCAAGAAGGCUGCCCCAGUUGCGAGUGGCGGUCGUCCGACUGGUCAGUCAUAUGCUGCAUCACAGUCUCAGGAAGCAGAGCGUCCUCGGGCUAGCAGGGGUCGUAAGAGACAUUACGAUGACAACAGCUUUUCUGGUUACGGCGAAGGAUAUGUGGAUGAUGAUGAUGACCCCGGAUUCUACUCGAACGGCGAGGGAAGCGGGAAGAAGAAACGCAAGAAGGACCAUGUUGCUAAAGUUUCCACCCCCAUGUCCGAAAGAAGUGGCAGCUAUGGGGUCGGCAUGUUUGGCAUCGGCGCCAGAUGA